AUGGCGGCGAGUUUUACAACAUCUGGCCACCUUCAGGUACUGCGGGAUCCGGUUGGCACUUCUCAAGAUGGCGUCGACAUCAUACUUGUUCCUGGAAUCGGAACUUCCUCACCAGAUAACUGGCCGUUUGCUGACCAAGAUUGGCUCUCUACCCUCCCUGGCUCUGGCCGUAAGGCACGUAUCCUUGCAUAUAGAUAUGCUACCCCAUUCGCAGGCAACAAGUUUUCCUGGGAGUCGGUCUUGAUGCUGGGUUAUGAUUUUCUCCAGCAUUUGAGUGACGCACGAACACAAUUAGACCCAAAUCUGCCAAUUGUCAUAGUUUGCCAUAGCUUGGGUGGAAUUAUAAUCAAACAGGCAUUGUGUGUCGCCAACAAACAGUUUCCUCGGUACGGAUCAAUCGUCAACGCUAUAGCCGGCGUUAUCUUUCUAAGCACUCCGCAUCGUUAUGGGGACAAAACCACGAGCCUGGUGCGGUUUCGUGACGUUUUGGAAGCAACAACCGGUAGGGUCCCAAAGGUUCCAAACGCCAAUAUCGAGCAAGAAGGCGCCAUUUUGCUAGAUCUUGCAGACAGAUUCGAAGGAAUCUCGCUUCGUACCCCGAUACUCUCUGCCUUCGAACUGAGAGAAUCAAAGAACAGUUCUACACCGUUGCGUCCAAAAUACCAACAAUUGGUCAACCGUGAAGCUUGUUCAACUCAUGCCCCUAUAGAAACAGUCAUUGGCCUGAAUCUCAACCAUCACAAUACAUGUCUUUUCACCAAAAGCGUUGGCAGCGAAGGCUUACCAGAGAUGAAUAAAUUCAUUCAAAAGACCUUGGAAGACGCCAUGCAACUUGUUGCACUUCGACUCGAGGAUCAGGAAUAUCAGUACGCAACAAUGAGUGCUUACUCACCCACGAUGAGUGAAGUACCACUUCAAGUGGAGCACUUAGAGCUUACCGAAUCGCCAUCUAAUAAAGCAACAGAAUGGCCGUCGAAUGGAGCGACAGAAGGAACAUCUCUUUCGGGAUUUGAACUGGUUCAUCCGACGAUUUCAAACACGGAACUCCGGAAGACUCUUCACUUGCCUUGCGUCCUUCUUAAUACACAUUCAGCGAAUGAGAAUUUCUGCGGCCGCGAGGACAUCCUAGACUGUCUUGCAGCCGAGCUCUUACCUUCGAAGAACGUAGUAACGGCUUCGGGCACGGCUCUACAACAAUUUGCACUUUGUGGAUUUGGCGGAAUUGGGAAAACAGAAAUAGCCCGUGAAUUCGCCCGGCGCCACAAGGCAUCCUUUGAUGCAGUAUUCUGGGUUGUGGCAGAUGAGAUUGCGAAGCUUGACCAUCAUUACCAACAAAUUUCGUUGGCACUGGGUCUUGAGGACUCAUCCGAGUGUAAGAGUCAGGUUGUCAGUAGAGAGAUUGUAAAAGGAUGGCUCUCCAAUCCUCGAAAGCAUCUGUCAGGGUCUGAUGAGCUUGUUCAACUAGGUGAAGCUAGAUCAGAAGCCACCUGGCUACUCAUAUUUGACAACGCAGAUGACCCGAUGAUCCUCGCGGACUAUUGGCCUCAGGGCAGUGGAUCGAUCCUCAUCACCAGCCGCGAUCCAUUGGCUAAAAGCAUGUUUACCAAAAGAUCUUCGGGACUAGAUCUUGGCCCACUUACACAGCAAGAGAGCUUGUCUCUGUUCAACCAUCUUACCACCGUCUCUAACGAGCCGGAAGACGAUACUGCACGACAAAUCUCCGACGCACUAGGUGGUGUUCCUUUGGCCAUAUCCCAGAUGGCAGGUAUUAUUCGUCGACAGGACCUCACUUUAUCGGAGUUCUUGGAGCUAUACGCGGAUCACAAAGAACAUGCCAGUCUUUAUGAAACAAAGUUCGAUACCAAUCUCGUCACGUAUCGUCACUCGCUUUCUACUGUUUGGGCAUUUGAGAAGUUGAAGCCCCAGGCGCGGGAGCUUUUGGAGCUCAUUUCUUUUUUCGACCCAGAUUUCAUUGGAGAAGACAUGUUGAUGGAAGCAUCUGUGGAACUUCUUUCCGAGGGCGCACAAUUCAAGAAGAGUACCUACAUUGAAGCUCGGACUGAUCUUUUGCAGUCAUCUCUAGUCCAAAGAGACAAGCAAAAGCAACAGUUAUCGGUCCACCGCAUCGUACAAGAUGCAAUCUUGGCAAUAAUGGAUGUGAAAAAGAAGCAUUUCAUGUUUGACCGGAUAGUACGAGUUCUUUGGGCCAACUGGCCAUCGGCUAUGCCCAAGCCAUCAAAAGAGCCAGAACUACCCCAGCCCAAAUCAACCGGCGGCAGGCUACAUGUUGGAAGGUGGCCUGUUUGUGCAUCGAUUUACCCUCACGUUCUACGACUACAUCAACUGUGGACAACAUUAGCAGAUCUCUCCGAAGCCACCAAGUUGCAUUUCGCAAAAUUACUGAAUGAUGCUGCGUGGUAUCAGAAAGAGCGUGGACGAACAAAGGGGUUUGAUGGCUUCUUUGAGACUGCUAGCAACAUCUGCGAGUCCUCAGCCCACCCAGAUCGGGAUUCUCUGCUUGCAGAUAUCUACUUCUGCUUGGGGGCUAUUGCUAUGGAUGCGAGCGAUUUCGACAAAAGUCGCCUUCAUAAGGAGCAGUCUUUGGAGCUAGUUUCCAAAAUAUGUAGAGAACUGGGAACUGCUGACGAAAGGCUAUAUCUUGCGUACGCGGAGCGAGGAAUCUCACGCAUCCAGGACAAGCGAUAUGAGGAAGGUGAAGCUGAUCUCAAGGAGGCACUGCAGAUGCGCAAAGCUCUUGGAAACUACGUUCCCCGGUCGGGCGAGGUAAACUUGAGCUGGGCUCUUCUUGCACAAGGAAAGCUUGAAGAGCUUUGGGCAAAGAUGAUAGAGAGUCUGUUCGGACGGGACUGGUUCUCUAUGCACUUGGAAAUCUUCGUGCGACUCAAAAUCUAUGGGACGAGAGUUUUGAGUAUCAUCAGAGAGCAUUGCGCCAUAUGCGUGCAACCGUGGGUGAGAGAGAUUUCUACACCGCAAAUGUCACCCACAAGAUUGCCGAGCACCUUUUUCGCUCCAGUCGGAGCGAAGAGGCGAUGUGAGGCGCUGGAUAUUUGGUCGAUUGAUCCAAGUGCACACAAGAACGAGAUUGCGCGCACUACCUUUCUCAAGGGCCAAAUGUUUGAGGUGACAGGAAAAAAGCAAAAGGCUUCCGUUGCUUUUAGGGUUGCCUGUCGCUUGAGGAAGGAGAUUACCAUGGAGGAUCGUGAUGUGAAGAGCUUGACUACAGAAGACUUUGACGAUAUUGUUGCAUUUUGGGCUCGAUGAUGAGCCCCCUUUCUCUAUACAUCAAAUGGAAGCGGAUGGCAAGGUCGUGCUUAAUAUUGUUCCGGUUGCUUCUUCGAGUCAAUGUUAGAGUCUGUCGCAAUCUAUGCGGGAGCUUUUACAGAAAUAGACCACCUCAGCUUGGCAGGGUGCGUGCAGGGACGUACGAAGAAGCUACUGGUAGUGUUUUUGAUACCUAUUGAGAUACACGCUGCAUCGAAUUGCUUUU